UUUAGUUUCAAAUUCUACACAAUUAGCUUGAACAAAGGCAAAGGACUUCAGCAUGGAAUUGAAUCUGAGCAGCGCCGUCUCGGCGGCCACCAUCCAGUCGGGCUCGGUGAUGAUGAAGGCGCGCAAGGCGAAGAGCAAGAAGUUGCUGCCGACCUUCGAUCUGUCGCUGGAGCAGAAGCAGGACAUCAAGAAGGCUUUCGAUCUGUUCGAUACGGAAUGCACUGGCUUCAUUGAGGUGAAGGAGCUGCGCGUGGCCAUUCGAGCAUUGGGCUUCGAGCCCAACAAGGAGGAGAUCAAAAACAUGAUGGAUGAGAUCGAUAAGGAUAAGACAGGAAGGAUUGCGUUUAAUGAUUUCUUACACUUGAUGCGCUUGAAAAUGGCCGCCAAAGAUGCCGUCCAGGACAGCCUAAAGGCGUUCUCCUUCUUUGAUGAUGAUCGCACCGGCCAGAUCAGCUUCGCCAAUCUGAAGCGUGUCGCCACCGAACUGGGCGAGAAUCUAACCGACGAGGAGCUACAGGAAAUGAUAGACGAGGCUGACUUGAACGGCGAUGGCGAAGUCUCACGCGAGGAGUACUUAAAUGUGGUGAAGAAAACCAAUUUGAUUUAGGCAGACCUUGGACUUUGACACAAACACUAAAC